GGGAGGAAAACAGGCGGUAGAGCGCGAGUCCAGCCCUGUGGAGCAGAGCAGGCUCCCGGCCGGCUCGGGCACCGUGCCCACCAUGCCCCCCCCGGGCCGGCCGGCGGGGCCGCAGGGGGUCGGGGGGCUCCGCUGAGCCCCGGCCAUGGGGCCGUGGCAGUGGCCGCUGCUCUGGUGCUUGCAUGUGGUGCUGGUCCGUGGCACCAUCCUCGUGGGGGGCCAGCGCUUGCAGGAGAGGGCCCCCCAGCCGGCAGGAUGGUCCCCAGCCCCAUCAUCCUCCUGGGCACCCACGCCGGAGCCGGGAGUGUCGGGGGACCCCGAGGGCUCGGCGGCGGCGCUGGCUUUCCUGCAGACGGGUGAUGUGCAGCAGCUGGCCCGGGCCAACUGCAGCCGGGGCGUCCCGGCGGGGGCACCCGGCCCCGGCCCCCCCCCGGCGCUGCGUGCCGCCCCCGAGGCGCUGGCCCACGCCGCCAACUUCCUCAACAUGAUCUUCCAGACCAACGACAUCCGUGAAGCCAGCGUGGCCGAGGAUGUGGAGUGGUACCAGGCGCUGGUCCGCAGCCUGGUGGAGGGUCACCCGUGGGUGCGCCGGGCGGUGCUCGCCCUCGACGCCCACCCGCUGGCCGCCAAGCCCCGGCUGAUGCUGCAGGCCACCAAGGGGGACGGCGAGAUCCUGCUGCAGGAUGUCUCUGCUGCUGCCCCCAGCCUCGGCAACCUCAGCUGGGACAACGAGUGGUUCAAUGCCCUCAAGUCCCGGCGGACCCCGCUCCUCCGCAAGCGCGUGCUCAGCAAUGACCUGCGCAGCAUGGAGACCCCCAAGUGGCAGCGGGGCGACAGCUACGUGGGGGAGCCGGACCACGUGUGGUGGUCCCCGCCGUUCCUCGAGUGCCGGGACGGCAGGUUCCUGCCCACCUGGGCAGUCACGCUCUCCUCUGCCUUCUACGGGCUCAAGCCGGACCUCAGCCCCGAGUUCAAGGGAGUCGUGCGGGUGGACAUCGAGCUGCGGGACGUGGCCAUCGACCAGUGCGCCAGCGGGCCGGGCUGGUUCGCGGAUACGCACCGCUGCGACCUCAACAGCACCCAGUGUGUCCCCCAGGAGAGCCGCGGCUUCGUCCUUGGGAGGUACCUGUGCCGGUGCAAGCCGGGCUUUUACGGGGACGGUGGAGCAGCCAGCAGUGCCCAGGCAGGCGUGGUGGGGAGCACGGCGGGGGCGGACAGGGGGUCCCGGCUGGCGUGUCAGCCCUGCCGCCGGGGAUGCACCACCUGCGAGGACGACGCGCCCUGCCUGAUCCAGGAGGACCGGGCGCUGCGGGCAGCCGUCCUCUCCUGCCAGGCCUGCUGCAUGCUGGCUGUCUUCCUCAGCAUGCUCGUCUCCUACCACUUCCGAUGGAGCAAGAGGAUCCGGGCGUCGGGAGUCAUCCUCCUGGAGACGAUCCUCUUCGGGUCCCUCCUCCUCUACUUCCCCGUGUUCAUCCUGUACUUCAAGCCAAGCAUCUUCCGCUGCAUCGUCCUGCGCUGGGUGCGUGUGCUCGGCUUCGCCAUCGUCUACGGCACCAUCACCCUCAAGCUGUACAGGGUGCUGAAGGUGUUCCUGUCCCGCACGGCCCAGCGGGUGCCCUAUGUGUCAAGCGGGCGGGUGCUGAAGAUGCUGGGGCUGAUCCUGCUCCUGGUGCUGUGGUUCCUGGCGGCCUGGACCAUCGGGAUGCUGGAGAACAUCGACAAGAACAUCCCGCUGGUGAUCCGCACCCAGACCCCCCAUGGGCUCCACUUCUACAUCUGCGGCCACGACCGCUGGGACUACAUGAUGGUCAUCGCUGAAAUGCUGUUCCUGCUGUGGGGCAGCUUCCUGUGCUACGCCACGCGUGCCGUGCCCUCCGCCUUCCACGAGCCCCGCUACAUGAGCAUCGCACUCCACAACGAGCUCAUGAUCUCGGCCGCCUUCCACGUGGUCAGGUUCAUCAUGGUCCCCUCGCUGCACCCCGACUGGACCCUGCUGCUCUUCUUCGCUCACACCCACGGCACCAUCACCAUGACCCUGGCGCUGCUCUUCAUCCCGAAGUUCCUGCACGCCGGCUCGCCGCUGCGGGAGGAGAUCGCGGCUGAGGUCUACGAGGACGAGCUGGACAUACGGCGCUCGGGCUCCUGCCUGAACAGCAGCAUCGCAUCCGCCUGGAGCGAGCACAGUCUCGACCCCGAUGACAUUCGGGAGGAGCUGAAGAAGCUUUACACGCAACUGGAGGUGCACAAGACGUGGAGGAUGGCAGCCAACAACCCCCACCUCCCCAAGAAGCGCAGCUCCCGCCGCAGCCUGGGCCGCUCCAUCAUGCGCCGCGCCGCCGAGCUGCCGGAGGCCGUGGCACGCCGGAGCAGCUGGGGGCAGCGGGUGGGCACCCUGGCACGCCGCGGCUCCUCGGCCAAGCGGCUCCCCGACGCCGGCGGUGCCAGCCUGCGGAUGCGGGAUGACAGCUCCCGACGCCGCACCGCAGCCCUCCGCAAGUCCCGCAGCACCGAGGGUCCCGCGCGGGAGCCCCGGGGAGGCUCGCCCGACCCUGGCACCCCCGGGGAGCUUGCACCGGGGAGGAAGACAAUGGCAGCGAUGGCCUCGGAGCAAUCCGACAGCGAGUCCCUCGACGCCGUCCCGCUCGUGUGCAAGUCGGCCAGCGCCCACAACCUGGUGGGGCACGGGCAGUCCCCCCCGCCCCGCGCAGCCCCCUUGCAGAAGUCACUCAGCGUCGUCGCUGGUGCACGGGAAGAGGCCCUGCUCGCCGCCAGCCGAGCUGCACGGGAGGAGCGGCACAUCCACCAGCACCUGUCUGCCCCAUCCUCAGAGCCCUCCGUGGGCCAGGGACCCCCCAAAGACGCCGGCAUGCCCCAAAGCCCCAGUGCAGCUGAUGCCCUCCCGCCAGCUGGCUCCAGCCUUGCCGAGGGGUGCUCCCGGGAGUACACGUCCCCCCUGGGUGAUGGCAAGCUGCAGAAACACAUCACCCACGCACCCAUCAAGAGCAUGAGUGUCGACAGCACCCACCUCCCAGGGCGGGUGCGGGUGGCGGUGAGGAGGACCCCGCCGCCACCCCCUGUCCGCUACCAGAGCCUGGUGCAGCGUGCCGCACCCACCGGGGACAGCCCGGAGCCAGCGGAGCCGCCAGCGGACCCCCCGGCAUGGGCAGGAGAACCGGAGAGGACGCCAGAGGGGCCUGUGGAGGAAAAGCCGGGACACACGUCCCCCCCGCCAGGGAAGGGCAGGCUGGUGACAGCAGCCUCCGUCCCGGCGCAGGUCUGCCCCUGGGAGCUGGUCCAGGAGGAGAUCCUGAGCUGGAAGCAAAAAGCUGCCGAAGAACCAGACUCGGGGACCCCCGGUGAUGCAGCAGCCACCCCCCCCAGCCUCAAGCCACCCUCCCAGAAGACCUCCCUUCGGGGCCUGGGACUCGCCCUCAAAGCCUUCAACCGCUCCAGGGGGAAAAGCAUCCUAAAGGGGAAGAGAGAGGGCGAGGGGAGCCUCAGGAAGAGGGGGCGGGAGGGGGGCAGCAGGAGGGAGAGACCCAGCCUGGCGGAGAUGUCGGCUGUGUCCCUUGGGGGGAUCAGCCGACAACCCACUGCCAAAAGCCCCGAGUGGAGCAGGCAGAGACCCGGCAGCGAGCCCACCGCCCACCCGGGGCAGGGGGAGACAGUCCCCUGCCAGCGCAACAACAACGCCGGCACCGCCUGGGAAGCCACAGGCCGGGAAGAAGCAGAAGGACAGUGGGACAGCCCAGCCCUGGGGGCAGGUGAUGGUGAGAGACUGGCAGAGGAGUCCAGUGCUCCCCAGGGGGACGUGGAUGCUGGCAGUGGCUCAGGGCCACCCUCAGGGGUGCACGAGAUCCCACCCAGUGUUGGGCACCAAGAAGGAGCCGAACAUCCCCGUGGAACCCCAGCGGUGGCCGGCAGCAGGAAAGCAGAGAUACAUCCCCAGCGAGGGGCCGAGGCUCCCGUGGCAGAGCCAGGGAAGGAUGCUCCUGCGGCCAUUGCGAGGCUGGUCACAGCCAAGGAAGGGGUGGCCAGGCUGGCCGAAGGGCUGGAGGAGGGCAGCAGGCCCAUCCGACCCCAGGACGGCGGGGAGGUGGAGCAGCCCUAUGCAAAACCCAUCGCAGGCAGCCCCCACGUGUCCACCGCCGGCGUGUGGAAAGCAGCGGCCGAGAAGCCGGGGGCUGAGGUUUGUCCUCAGGGUGCCCCGGUAGGAAAAGGAGCCUUACUGUGCCAGGAGGCGAUUGCUUCCCGGGGGGACAGCGGGGUCCCGCUGGGCAGGGAGAGCCCGGCCAAGGUGCUGGAGAAGGGGGGCAGCCAGCCAGAGCCCCUCGGUCCCGGGGAGAGCUGGGGUGCUGAGAGGGUCCCUGCGAAGAGCCGAGGCAUGGAGGUGCCCCCAGCUGCAGCGGGGAAAGCCGGCAGCACAGCAGGCAGGGGGGCAGAGGUUUGUCCUGGGGAAACCCAGGCAGAUUCCAGCAGUAAAACAGAAAUUUGCCCCUGGGAGGAGAGCAGGAGCGAGCACUGGGGGCCAGGCAGAGCCCUGGGGAAGGGCGGCAGUGAGGGGGAUCCCAGACACCCCGGGGAAGAGCCAGGCAUGGAGAAACCACCAGCAAAAUCCCCAGCGCUGCCCAAAGCAGCUUCAGAGGCAGCAGGCAGCACGCAGGGCAGGAUGGCUGAGGUUUGUCCGUGGGAGACUGGGGAAGAGGGAAGGACCGUCAGAGCAGAAAUCUGCCCCUGGGACAUGGAGGGGGCUCAGCCGGAGCAAGAAAGGCAGGAGGGAGAGAGGAGGCGGCUGGCCAAGUGGGCCAAGAGCAUCACACCAAAAUCGCUGGGUUUGCUGAGAGCACAAGAGAGCGGGAGCAGCCUGCAAGUGCCCGGCCAGCCCUGGAGCAGCACCAGCAGCAAGGGACCCCCACCAAAAUCUACUCCCAGAAGCUCUGAGCUGCCAGAAGUGACCUUGAGGAGCCCAGCAAGCACACGGGCUUCGGUUUGUCCCUGGGAAGCGGCUGGAGCUGACAGCGAAGCAGAAGUUUGCCCUUGGGAAAGGGGAACAGCCUUAUCUGAUGCAGGAAAAUUACACGAUGGUGAAAUUUCCCAAGUGAAAAAUGGGAUUUCCCCACAGAGAGCGUCCCUGAGGGGCACGGGAGAGAUGGCUCCGGCUGCAGACAAGGGGAGCGGCCAGCAAGGAUCCCCCAGCCCCGGAGAAGAUGUGGAACAGCCCAGCACAGGGAUCCCAGCAAAACACCCAGCUCUGCCCAAAACAUCAUCUAAGCAAGCAGGAACCUUCGAUAGCAAAAAGGCUGACAUUUGUCCGUGGGAAGUGGAGGAUGAGCCACUUCCUAAAACAGAAAUCUGCCCUUGGGAAGAGCCUGCAGCUCCAUCAGGGAAGGAGGGACCAAGUCAGGACACAUAUGGGACUUCCAAAGGGGAAAACAAAUUAGGAUCCAGAGGACUUGAAGACAUCAAAGCAAAACUGGCAGAGGUGGGCGGCCGUCAGCCAGAGCCCAGGGACACUGGGAUCUUUGCAAGGCUCAUUAGGAAAAGCCUGGAGUGCUCAAAAUCAGAGUCCAAGAAAUCCCAGAGCGUGGAAAGCAUAAAGGAGGAGGUCUGUCCCUGGGAGAGCCUGGUCACAGAGCAGGCCCCAGAACAACAUCAUGCCAGGAGCCCAGCGCUGCCCCAGUCGCCUUCAAAGAAAUCCCAGAGCGUGGAGAGCCUGAAGGCAGAGGUCUGUCCUUGGGAGGCUCAGGAGCUCGAACCCACUGCCAAAGCAGCAAUCUGCCCCUGGGAGGUGGCUGCACCUCCCUCCGAUCAUCCAAAGGCAAAGCAGGGUCCUGGCGGGGGUUCAGUGGGGGACAAGCGCAUCACACGCCAGGCAGCGUUAGCCAGCCCCGUGAGAUCCCUGGAGAAGGGCAGCAGCGAGCGAGAGGCCGUCUGCCCCUGGGAGAGCCUGGGCCCGAAGCAGACCCCAGCAAAACCCUGCACCGGGAGCCCAGCGCUGCCCCAAUCGCCUUCAAAGAAAUCCCAGAGCGUGGAGAGCCUGAAGGCAGAGGUCUGUCCUUGGGAGGCUCCGGAGCUCGAACCCGCUGCCAAAGCAGAAAUCUGCCCCUGGGAGGUGGCAACUCCACCUUCAAGUAAAGAGAAAUCAAGAAAGGACAAAGAUUCUCUGUCCGCAGGGAGCAGAAGCCUUUCUACAAGUCAAGGUCUCUCGAAAGAGACUGGAGACAGCACAUCUGCAAGGAAGGAGAAAGCAAGCAGAGACCGUGAGUCCAUCUGCCCCUGGGAGAGCACAGACACGGAGGGAACCUCCGUGGGGUACGGCACGAGGAGCGCAGAGCUGGUGCAAGCCGCUGCCAAGAAAGUGGUGACCACGAGGAGCUCGAAGGUGGAGGUCUGUCCCUGGGAGAGCCUGGGCCCGGAGCAGACCCCAGCAAAACCCUGCACCGGGAGCCCAGCGCGGCCCAAAUCGCCUUCAAAGAAAUCCCAGAGCGUGGAGAGCCUGAAGGCAGAGGUCUGUCCUUGGGAGGCUGAAGAGGUCAAAGCUGGUGACAAAGCAGCAAUCUGCCCCUGGGAGGUGGCUGCACCUCCCUCCGAUCAUCCAAAGGCAAAGCAGGGUCCUGGCGGGGGUUCAGUGGGGGACAAGCGCAUCACGCGCCAGGCAGCGUUAGCCAGCCCCGUGAGAUCCCUGGAGAAGGGCAGCAGCGAGCGAGAGGCCGUCUGUCCCUGGGAGAGCCUGGGCCCGAAGCAGACCCCAGCAAAACCCUGCACCGGGAGCCCAGCGCUGCCCCAAUCGCCUUCAAAGAAAUCCCAGAGCGUGGAGAGCCUGAAGGCAGAGGUCUGUCCUUGGGAGGCUCAGGAGCUCGAACCCGCUGCCAAAGCAGCAAUCUGCCCCUGGGAGGUGGCUGCAUCUCUGCCGGAGAACGGAGCAGCCCCGGGUAAGGUGAGCCCCCCACUGAAAAAAGCGGGUGCCUCCAAAGCAGCGGAGAAGAGGAGUAGUGAGCGCGAGGCCAUCUGCCCCUGGGAGAGCCUGGGCACAGAGGAGCCCUCCCUGAAAAUGGCAAUGGGUGAAGAACCAUCCAAGAAGUCCGACAGCACGGAGAGCAGGAAAUCUGAUAUUUGCCCCUGGGAGGCAGCAGAGCCCACCAGCUUGGAGGAGGAGAGCUUCAAAGCAGGAGUGCACCCACAGGGAGCUGACAGAGCAUCGCCCGCGGGGAUGGGAAAGUCAAAGCUGGUGGCAGGAGCCAGCGCCGUGUCUCCCACAGCCCUGCUGAAAGAAUCCAAAGGCAGAGCUGAUGGCAAGGCUCAGCACAAGCCCCUGUGCCGCAUCUUACCAGGCAUCCAGCUCCCACGGGGCCCCAAGGCAGAGCCGCUGCCUCUGGGAGCAAGCACGGCUUCCGCGGUGGGCAGCACCCCCAGCCCGGGCACAGGCAUAGCCGAGGUUUGUCCCUGGGAAGCAGAAGAGGCUCCAUCAGCAUCUGACAAGACCAGCACAGACACAAGGAAAACCUCUGAAGUGUGUCCGUGGGAGGUGGAGAGCGUGGAUCCUCCCCCGACCCUCCGCAGGCAGGGCAGAGCCGGGGCGAGCCCCCAGGACAGAGGCGGGUCUGCAGGUGAACCCAAAUCCAACAUCUGCCCAUGGGACCACGAGUAGCUCCCUCCAUCUGGCCACCAGCUGGGUGCAGACACAGCUUUCAUGGAUGGAAAAUCUUGAGCUGAAGGCUGCUGCCUACCUGCACAGCCUGGGUGGGGACAGAAGCGUCCACCAAAGCCAACGGCACGGCCACACUCCCAGCAGGCUCCAGUGGUGGCCAUCAACCAGCCGGGCUUGGGGACCAAUGCAGCGAGGGGACGGUUAACAUCUCCUGCCUUCAUCGAAGCUCUCAAGCCAGGCUGUAGCCUGCAGACACCACCCGUCAUACCCCCACGGGUACCUGGCCCAGCGCAGGACCCCCUUGGCCCAAGCGGGGCACCUGAAUACAUUAAAAAAACCCGUGGUGCCGGCCUCGCUGACUUCCACCAACACAGCAGACACAAAGCUGCGGCUUGCUAAGCUGGAGAGGCUCAUCCGCAAGCUCUCCGGCAGCUGAACGUCCUCCUGCCACGUGGGGAGGUUUGUGCCUCUGGCGCAGCGAGGAACGGCUUGCCUAGCACCCCGAAACACGCCGUCCUGCAGCCGCAGCAAGCUGGACGCUUGGAGGACCGGGCAGCAAGCUCUCCAACCGAAGCCAAGUAAGAGAAGGGGAGAGUCAAACUGGGGAGGAAAUCAGCUUUCCGGGGCUUCUGCAGCCCAGCUGAUCUCCCCUAGUGCUCCUGUCACCUCCAUUUUAAUCCAGGGUGGUUUCUGUAAGCACUGCUAGGACCAGGCAGGUUCUGAAGCCUGGGAUAAAGAGCCUUUGCUCCCAGCCACCCCACAACAUGUUUUGCUUCCUUGACACAACGUCAUUUAUUUUUAAACAUUCUCUGAAGUCACCGAGCCAGCCACGGGACGUCCAUGCACACCAUGCAACCUUUCUGCCCUGCUUUGCUCCAGCAACACCAGCCCAGUGCUUGAACGCUGCACUGUGGCAAUACCCUCCACCAGCUCUGUUCCCAGCUGCCUUUGCCUAUCGCCCAGCCUAGGUGGGAUAAAACCAACCUUCAGGCCGCCCCACGGCUCUGCUUUUAGAAACCUCCGCAUCCAUGCAGGCUGAGAUGGGUAUUCCUGCUACUAACCUCCUCUCCGACUAACUUUACGGCACGGCUACACUUCUAAUUCUUGCAGCAACUCAGCUGUAAAGGUGUUUGUCUUAACUAACAACGCCACUAACUUCUCAAAGCACUUUGGCAUUACUGCUUUCUUCUUCGCUCGUACCGUGUGUGCACGUGUGUACGUUCACCAUGUGUGCAAACAUGCCUUCCCAUCACUGGAGUUUUUCCCAUCAACAUUUCCACGGGCACUAGCAAGCCUUCGCUUUUACAGCCCAUCUGUAGAAGCGCUGGAUGCCUUUUGUCACCCCACGUUUCAACUUCUCCCUGUAAUUGCAAGACCCAUUCCUUUGGGGCAGAGAGGUAAAUAGACUCCUGUAUGACAGAGAAGAUGCCGACACGGCGGAGGCGCUACGAUCUCCAGAGCAUCAGCCAAGGCUCCCGGGUUUGCCGUUGUGAGCCCACCCGCUCACAAACGCGCACGGGAGGGGAUGGAGCCGAACGCGUGGGGAGAAGCCUCAGGGUCGGGAAGCUGGGAAACAACAAAGCCUCCGGUCUCCCCACAUUCAUCCCUCCGCUCCGCUCGGAAGCAAAUAAAACCAGAGACGGCAAAAGCGAAGGUUUUGGUUCUCCCUCUCAUCUCCACAUAAGGCAGGGGGCUCGGGGCUCGUCCCGCCAUUCCCUUGCCAUUUACUUCCACUCUCCUUAGGAAGUGGCGUUGCUGUAGCGUGCUGUCUGUGGUCUUCAGCGCUGAACGUCAAACGGCCAUCCAGUUGUGUAAGUAAGUGUACAUACAGAAAAUAAAAGCCGUUAUCU